AAUCGUCUUCUUGCCGUGUUUUAUGCGCUCCAGCGCCUGAAAAAUACUUCUCGUUUUUUGAGCAUCGCACAGCCACGAUAUACAGCGCCACCAUGGUCUCUUCCGGCGCGGCGGAGGUGUCAGCGCAGCAACCAGCAGCAACUCAGCUCGACUCAGCCGCGUACAGAACGGGACAGCCUCGGUCGACAGGGUAUGAAUUUUUUUCGUUCUCUAACAUGAUACAACAGAUAUUUCGCUUUGUGGCAAGCUUUGUGUAGCAGCAGAGCAGCAGGAGUCGUCGUCGUCACCCGAGGCACCCGCACGCACGACUCACGGGCAGGCCAGUUCACUUUCAGCUCGCAGCUCGUUUAGACCAAACUACUCUCAGUAAGUUUUUAUAACGCACAUUCAAGAAAGCCAUUUUCAAGAGAGUCGUCGUCGUUGUCGUCGAUGGGUUACACGUAUAGACCUUCCACCGACACGAGAAUGGCUGCUGCUGCUACGUUGCUGCUGCCGCUGCUGCUGUUUCCAGAUUGGACUCUUCCAGGGCCCCGACAAGCUCACGAGGAUAAGUAAAAAAGCGAAAAUAACUGCGAGAGAGAUCAUUGUGUCGAUAAAAAGUUGCAUUCGUUGACGAUACUUUUUUCAUUAUCAUGUUAUAAUUAUAAUACACCAGUCGCGCGGACGUGUAGCAACAAUGGCUUCCGCCAGCUCGCUGCAAAUUCUAUGCUCGUAUAUUGCUUUUCUGUACCGAGCGUGCGAGAGGCGCUGUUGCCACGCGUAAAAAUGCGCGAGAUAAUACAUAUUUUGCUCGCUGGUACUCGAGAAUACUGCUCAAUUAGAUUUUUUUCACCAUCUCUCGUAGAAAAUUGUUCUAACCGCAUUUCCAGCUUUUCUCUAUGGAAAAUGUGGUUUUCCAUACCCGUAUGAGGUAUACAUGUGGACGAUAAGUGAUAACAGGCCCCACCCCCAAAAAGUUUGUUUUUGUGUUUAUAAAAAUAUAACGAGUGUUCUGUGUAUAUAUGUGUGUAUAUAUGUGUGAAUAUAUGUGUUGUUUAUACAAGUGAAAAAAAGAUAAAUAAUGCAAGUUCUGCAUCGCCAAGUGUCUCUACCGAACCAAAACAAAGUUCCGAAUCCGUGUCGAUGACCCACAUCGAGCCCACCGAGUAGUAGUCACGCCUAGGCCUAGCCUAAAAAAAAAAGCUACCGUUCCCAGUAGUAGCCAUUUAAAUUGCCUUCUGCUGCUGCCGCCGCUGUCCGCGGGUUUUUAAUCGAUCGAGCCGCAAUGGCGGAGGGUUGUGGAAUCCAUUCGCGUCGUGCAUUAUAGGCUCUUUAAAUCAUGCAUAAAUUGGCAACACCGCCGCCGCCGCUGUGCCGUGCCUAACUCUCCAUCUCGCGGAUCGGGCCUGUGUGUUUGCGUAUGUGUGCGCGUGUUUUUUUUGUUGUUGCAAUCUCCACUGUGCGUACGUGACGUAUGUCAUGAUUGUCAUCCAACGAAAAACACAAGCGCACACACACACACCUUUGGCAAUAAUAAUUUUUAUCGUCUGGCGUUGGAAUCCGCCGACGAAGCAUAUUAUUUAACAACGAAAUACGAGACGACGUACGCGUGUUGUUUGAUCUUGAAAAAAAUAAAUGCUGUCGCGCUCCGUCCUCUCUACUAAUCGACUGCAAUUGUGCAUGAUAUCGGCUCUCGUCGCGCGUUGACGUAAAACACCGCCGAUGCAUCGCGCGGAGAGGCAUGACGUAUCGCAACGAUGUCGCGGAAAAAGCAGCAGCAGCGGGAUACGCCUGCACAAAUUCAAGCCUAUUUACGGAUCUCGCGUUGUAUAAGUAGAUGUUACAUUCUCGAUUAAUUAACGAGGCAUUUGCGUUCAUUGGAUUUGACGUCGACUUCAGGCUGAGAAUCAAUGUCGUGGAGACUUUCUCUUUUUCUCGACAAUGGCAGAUUUUGUUUCUAAAAAUGACGCCUGUCUGGCCCUGCUGCUCGUGUCACGCGUUCCAUUUCCGGAUUUUUCAUCCGGAUAUGGGUCCCUCGCGCCGAAUAACGGAGCGCGCACGUGUUUUAAUCGCAUUCGGCGUCUCGAUUUCUUCGAUACAUUCUCCUGUGUCUUCUUCUUCAUUAAAAAACAGCAUCGAACCGACGUUGAAAAAAAGUCGGAUUUCCCUGUUGAAAUUCGAUCGAUUUCUCGCUCGAAAGUUUAGUUACGUCAGACUCGAACGAAUCCGCGGGUGCGAGCGCCGAUCGACCAGUAGAAGUAGAGAAAAAAAGUCACGCAAGCUCCUCGUAUACUCGCGCUUGUGUGCAUGUAUUGGUAUAAAAUAUAAUCAGUCGAGACGUUUCUCAAACUCGGAUUCUGUUCUCGAAUUUAUAAAAAGUCUUUUUUUCACUCUGAUGUCUGCCUUGCCUUUAAAAUGACGACGACGUCUAUAGCAAGGUGCGCGCGCACAGCAGGCACCUCACGCGCACACAACGGCACAUUAUAAGCGGGCCGCGCGCGAGUGCGAGCGAGACAACCAACAAAGUCCCCUAUGUGUGUGUGUCCGUAGUAAAGGCAGGCAACGGAAGAGGGCAUAGCUAGCAGCCGCAGCGCAGCACACACGCAUACACAUAGCUUAUAUAUAUACGCGCUGCUUUCGUGGCUGGCGCGACUGUAGUAGUAGUAGUAGUAGCAGUAGUGGUGGUAUAGCAUAGUACAUUAUAUCGAGAACGAGAGAGGCGACCGACUAGUGGACUGGCACAAAAUGGCGGCUUGCCUCAGACCUGUGUACAUGUAGUGUGUGUCUCGUCUGAACGUUAUCGCGGAAUGUCGUGCCUCCCCGUCGUCGCUUUGGACAAUUGACCCGAGCCAGCGUGACUUGCGAUCAUCCCCCGGGCGUGGGACCACCCUUUGCUUGGAUCACGAGGCCCCUUCGGCCAGGAUUUUUUUUUUUUAAAACUCGAGAGCGAGAGAGACGUCGGUGCACUCCGACGCGCAGACACUUGGCGAUGCAGCACGUAGAAUCCGAGUCAGGGAAAGAAUCAUCAGAUUCUGAAAAUGAUAGCAAAAGUGGAAGCAGUUCUUCAAGCAGCAACUCAGGAUCCGAGUCUGAUUCUGAUAGCAGCAGUUCUAGCUCGAGUAGUUCUAGUUCGGACUCUGAAUCAGAACACUCAAAUGAACCUGAACAAAAUCUGAACACUGAAAAUAAUAGUACUUAUCAAAGUGCAGAGACAAAAAGUAGGUUUAAAAAUGAUUCCAUUAGAGAAUGGGAGGAAAACCCUGAUAUUUAUGGAAUCAGAAGGUCAGCCCGUUCUAGAAAAGAACCAGAUAGGUUUUUUGUAGCGGCUCAACAAGAAAGCGACAAUGAUAGCCCAAGGAAAGUUCAAAGAAAAAGCAAAUCCCAUAAUGCUUGGAACUCAGAUACUUCAGAAUCUGAAUCAGAUAAUGAAGUUCACAGACCUCCAAAUAAAUCCUUUAAUCGAAGAGCUGCACAGAAAAAAGAGGCUCCUAAAAGGAAAAAGCAACUUUCUGAUUCAUCUUACGAAUCCUCUGAUGGAAGUGAUAAACGACAAGUCACUAGAAGAGGGGCCCAAGUUAGUUACAAAGAAGAAAGUGAAGCUGGUACUGAGAGCGAUGACCUUAUGGAAGUGGAUGAAGCUGCAGUAGAGUCUGUUGAAACUGAUAAUUCAGAAACUAUAGAGCGUAUUCUUGGCGAAAGAAUAGGCAAAAAAGGAGUUGUAGGAAACAUAACCACUAUUUAUGCAGUUGAGGAAAAUGGUGAUCCUAAUCCUACAAAUUUAGAAGGUGUUGAAACAGAAAUGCAGUAUCUGAUAAAAUGGAAAGAUUGGUCUCAUAUCCACAACACUUGGGAAUCAAAAGAUUCGUUGUUAGCAUUGAAGGUAAAAGGAAUGAAAAAAUUUGAAAAUUAUGUGAAGAAAGAACAAGAUAUUAGGCAGUGGAAAAAGUAUGCUGGUCUUGAAGAUAUUGAUUACUUUGAAUGUCAAGCAGAAUUACAACAGGAUCUUGUUAAAAGUUAUUACAAUGUUGAAAGAAUCAUUGCAAAGAGACAAGAUAAAGGAGGCCAACAUCCUGAUUAUUAUUGUAAAUGGGAAAGUUUACCAUACUCUGAUUCUACAUGGGAAGAUGGUGCUUUAAUUAUUAAGAAAUGGCCAGAGAAAAUAAAAGAAUUUUACGAACGCGAGGAAUCAAAAAGGAUUCCGAGCAAACACUGUAGAGUUUUAAAAUAUAGGCCUAAAUUCCACCAAUUGAAAGAGCAACCAAGCUACAUGGGUCGAGAUGAGACUUUUAUCCUUAGAGAUUAUCAAAUGGAUGGUUUAAAUUGGAUGAUACAUUCGUGGUGUAAAGAAAAUAGUGUUAUAUUAGCUGAUGAAAUGGGUCUUGGUAAAACCAUUCAAACUACAUGCUUUAUAAAUUACCUUUUUCAUUCACAACAAUUGCAUGGUCCCUUCUUAUUGGUUGUUCCACUAUCGACCAUGACAUCUUGGCAGCGAGAAAUUACGCAAUGGGCACCCGACAUUAACUUUGUCACAUAUUUGGGUGAUGUUAAUUCAAGGAAUGUGAUUCGAGAAUAUGAAUGGUGCUUUGACUCCAAAAGACUUAAAUUCAAUGCUAUUUUGACAACUUACGAAAUAGUACUAAAGGAUAAAGCAUUUUUAGGAUCAAUCAAUUGGGCGGUUCUUCUAGUUGAUGAAGCUCAUAGAUUGAAAAAUGAUGAUUCACUGUUGUACAAAGCUCUUACAGAUUUCCAUACAAAUUUUCGUCUUCUGAUUACUGGUACUCCACUGCAAAACAGCUUAAAAGAACUAUGGGCUUUGCUUCAUUUUAUAAUGCCUCAAAAAUUCGUCUCUUGGGAAGAUUUUGAACAAGAGCAUGAUAACACUGCUACAAAAGGAUAUUCCAAAUUGCACAAACAGUUGGAGCCUUAUAUUCUUCGGAGGGUGAAGAAAGAUGUUGAAAAAUCAUUGCCUGCCAAAGUAGAACAAAUUUUACGUGUCGAAAUGACUUCCCUUCAAAAACAAUAUUACAAAUGGAUUCUGACGAAAAACUUUGGUGCUCUGAAAAAGGGUAAUAAAGGAUCAACCUCGACUUUUUUAAAUAUAGUUAUUGAAUUGAAAAAGUGUUGUAAUCAUGCUUUCCUCACAAAGCCAAAUGAAAAUGAGAACAGAGAAAGCAAUAGUGAUUACCUGCAGCAAAUAAUACGUGGUUCGGGGAAACUAGUUCUUUUAGACAAACUAUUAGUUCGUUUGAGGGAAACUGGUCAUCGUGUCUUGAUUUUCAGUCAAAUGGUUAGAAUGUUGGAUAUUUUGAGUGAAUAUCUGCAGAAGAGGCAUUUUCCUUUCCAGCGACUCGAUGGUAGCAUAAAGGGAGAAUUACGAAAGCAAGCUCUGGAUCAUUUUAAUGCUCCUGGCUCUACAGAUUUUUGUUUUUUGCUGUCUACAAGAGCAGGAGGUCUAGGUAUUAAUUUAGCCACGGCGGAUACAGUAAUCAUUUUUGAUUCAGACUGGAACCCUCAAAAUGACUUACAAGCUCAAGCAAGAGCGCACAGAAUAGGUCAAAAAAAUCAAGUUAACAUUUACAGAUUGGUUACUAAAGAUUCUGUAGAAGAAGAAAUUGUUGAACGUGCUAAAAGAAAAAUGGUGCUUGACCAUCUUGUCAUUCAACGAAUGGACACGACUGGCCGAACGGUUUUGAACAAAAAGAAUGCCAACACAAAUACAAAUCCCUUUAAUAAGGAAGAUUUGACAGCAAUUUUGAAAUUUGGAGCAGAAGAACUAUUUAAAAAUUGUGAGGAAGAUCAAGGAGACGAAGAGCCAGUGUGCGACAUUGAUGAAAUUUUGAGAAGAGCAGAAACGAGAGAUGAGGGUCCUACUACUGCUGGUGAUGAAUUACUGUCUGCUUUUAAAGUAGCAAGUUUUGCGGCAUUUGAAGAAGAACCUGAACCCAUACCUAAAACUCAGGAAAAUGAUGAUGAAAGUAAAGACUGGGCCGACAUCAUACCCGAGAAAGAAAGAUCAAAAGUGGAAGAAGAACUAAGGUCCAAAGAAAUGGAAGACUUGUACUUACCUCCGAGAAAUCGAAAAACUUUACAACAAAUCAAUGAAGCCGACAGUAGAAGUAAAAAGAAGAAAAAGUCACAAUCAGCCGAUGAUAGUGACGAUGACGACGAUUACGGAACUGAUGAGGAAGGUAGCGACGAUGGUCGACCAAAGAAACGAGGCAGACCGAGGACACAGCCCCGUGAAAAUGUCAAGAGUUUCACUGACGCUGAGAUUCGGCGAUUCAUCAAAAGCUUUAAAAGGUUCCCCGCGCCGAUGAAACGAUUGGACGAGAUAGCAGCAGACGCGGAUCUCAAUGAAAAGCCUAUGUCGGAAUUGCAGUACUUGGCUGAACAGUUGCGAAGCAGAUGCGAAGCUUGCAUGAACGACUCCGAGUUCCCAGCGGCGAAAGAAAAUAAAGCAGAGGAUGCCGAUGCGGGGGCACCUAAGGCACGGAAGCGUGGACCGACUUUCAAAGUUGGUGGCGUGCAAGUCAAUGCCAAGAGCUUCAAUGCUGCAGUUAGCGAACUCGAGCCGCUAGAACAAGCUUUACCGUCGGAUCCUGAGCAGAGAAAUAAGUGGCACAUUGAUUUCAAAGUCAAACCAGGAAACUUUGAUUGCGAAUGGACCAUUGAUGACGACACAAGACUGCUAAAAGGUAUUUACAUCCAUGGCAUGGGCUCUUGGGAAUUGAUUAAAAUGGAUGAAAGUUUGAAAUUGGGUGACAAAAUUUUACUAAAUGGAAGUAAAGCGGAAAUGAAGCGAAUUCAAACUCGCGGAGAGUAUCUCUUGAAAGUUUUGAAGAAAAAUAUGGAUCAGAAGCAAGGAGUUACGACACGGCCACGAAAGUAUAGAAAAACUAAAGAAUUAAAAAGUGCUAUAACAAAGGAAAUAAUAGAAGAACCAGACAGUUCAGGCGACGAAAAGAAAAACAAAGUUAAAACGGAAAAGGCCAUUAAAAAAGAAGAAGAAACGACAGAACUUAAAAAAGAAAUGAAAGAAGAUAACGACACCGUCGCUUCUGAAGAUAAGAAAAAAUCCAAAAAAGCCAAAAAGGAAAAGAAAGAAUCAAAAAAAGAUAAAAAAUCAAAACAAUCUGGACCCAUGCAUUUUACAGCGAACAACGAACCAAGAGCCCUUGACGUUUUAGGAGAUUUAGAUCCAUCCAUAUUCAAUGAGUGCAAAGAAAAAAUGAGACCUGUCAAAAAAGCAUUGAAAGCUUUAGAUAGACCGGAUCAAACGCUAAGCGAAGCAGAACAAGUAGCCCACACCCGAAAUUGCCUUAUACAAAUUGGUAAUCAAAUUAAUACUUGUCUUAGUGAAUACAAAGACCAAGAACAAAUUAAAGUGUGGAGAAGCAAUCUGUGGUACUUCGUAUCUAAAUUCACGGAAUUUGAUGCCAAAAAGCUUUACAAGCUGUAUAAACACGCAACCAAAAAAGGUGAUGGAGGAGACUCGUCUAGUCCAGAAAAGAAAGAAGAAGUUCCAAAUAAGAAAACUGACGACAAACACAAUUUGAAAAACUCAUUUGAUGGUGGGAAUAAAGAGAGCAAUCGAAGCCACAAACGACGAAAUGAAGAUAACGACGACGGCUCGGUUGGGGGUAAAAAAUAUGUCCUGAAUAAUUCAACGUCUUCCAUUCCCUCCAACGUAGCAUCCAAUCCACCUCGAGGCUCGGGACUGAAUUCUAAUUUCAACGCGAUAAACAACAGUGAAAAUCAACUUGGCAAAGAUCCUCGAGAGUCCGGUAUCAAAUACAAGGAUUCUAAACGAGAUCGAGACCGCGAAAGAGACAGAGAACGAGAUCGCGACAGAGAUCGCGAGCGAGACCGAGAGAGGGAUCGCGAACGCGACAGAGAUCGCGAUAGGGACAGAAUUCACGGGGACAGAAGUAUGGAUAGAUUAGGGGGUGAAAGGAUACGCCGAGACAGCGGUGGCUAUCCAAGUGGCCAUUACAGCGGUGGGAGAGACGACGAGCAUUGGAUGGGGCGCGACAGAUUUAUGGAACACAAACGUGAUAGGUUCGAACCUUACAAUCGAGUGUCCGGCAGUUAUCGAGACAGAGAUAGGGAGCGCGAUCGAGUGCAUGCGAAUGAUAAAAGAGGCGGAGGUGACUAUUAUAGAUACUCGGUAGGACCAAGCGGUGGUGGCAAUUACAGUUAUGGUAAUCAAGGAAGUUACAGCGGAAAUCCUGGAACUUAUCCUGCUGACUUACCACCCAGUCACUUCCGAGGUAGCGGUAGCGGCAGUAGUCGCAAUUACAUAAAUGAAAACUAUCAACCAGACUGGCGACCUAGCAGUAAAGAGUACAGGCGGGAUUACGACAGACCAAGGCCACCUCCUCCUGCUAACUCGUAGUCCAGCAGCAUUGGAACUACACGUCGUAUAUAGAGUUAUAUACUUUUCCGAAAAAAGUUAAAAUUUAUCAUUCGAAGCUUUCUACUGUUUCUAGAAAGCGACACCAAUUCUCUCGCUGCAAUCAAAUGUACAUGGAACUUUUUUAUGUCAAUAUCGUGGGAGUGUGCAGCGACGCUCAAGUGCAAAUGUUAUUUUUUUAACAAUUUUGGAUGUUAUCGAUCGCGAAUGAAUGAAAGAGAGAGAGUGAAUCUAUUGUUAGGGAAAGUUGUUAGAUUUUGCUAUUAAAUAAAUCUCUACAUUGAGGUUUCUUAAGUUUAAUACUGUGACAAAAUCAUUAACUAUCUUCUCUUCUUGAAUCAGACUAAAUUGUGCAAUUUUAAUUACGUUACGAGAAAAAUUUUCGAAAUUAUAAUUUUUUUUUAUCUUUUUGUUUUAAUUAGUGAAGCUUCAUCUUGAAUAAAAGAAAUGUAGUUGCUAUUCUUAUGACGUUAGAAUGAAUGUAAUAUUAAGGAUUGCAUUUCUUACCAUAAAAAUUUGCACGUUAAAUCAAUUUUUCACUACUGCAAAUUAUGUGUACAGAUUAUAAACGAUACCAUGUUGUACAUGGUACUUGCACAAUUACCAGAACCAAUUGCUAUUUAGCAAUUCUACUGAGGCAAAUGAAAUCAAGAGAUUCAGAUUUAUUUGUAGAUAGAAACGACUGAUUUGAUAAUCUUACUUGUUCUUUAACGAACAAAUAACUACAAUUUAUAAGAUCAAUGGAUCUUACUGUUUUUUACAGCUGUGUAAUACUUACUUUUAUAUAAUGAAAUCAUAUUUCUUUUUUCGUGUAAAAUUUGUAAAACUUAGGCCAUCAUGAUUUCUAAUGAUUUACGGAAACUAUUAGUGUAAGAAAAUCUUGUACACCUACUCGAAAAGUUAGGUUUAACAAUUAUAUCAUUAUUACAUCGAUACUAUUGUGAUUCAUUAUUAUAGAGGCUUACGUUCAUCUUUUUAAAUUGAAUGCACUUUUUCGCAACCAUGCAAUUAGAAAUUAUUUCAUCAAUACAUACUGAAAAUGUCACAUUUUGUAAAAUUAGUAAAGUUUGACAUUCGAAUUGAAAUAGUAACGAGAUGAAACGUAUAUUUUUUGUAAAUGAUGUACUUUUAAAAAUGUUUACGCGCGAUCAUGUAAAUAAUAAUAAGAAAUGCUGCGAGAAAACGAUCAUGACGGGUGUGUAUGCUACUCCAAUAGUAACGCAAAAGUUGAAUAUAUGGAAAAAUGAAAUAUUUAUAACGAAAACUUUAAGCCAUGCGCAGCCCUAUAAAUGAUUGUGAAUGAUAAAAAAAUAUAUGUAUAGGAACUAUAAUUUAUAAAAUUUAGUCAAAUAUAAACUUGCGAUGUAUAAAUUAUGUUGAAGAGUUUAAUGUAAAUAAAAAUUCGAAACACUAAAUAAAUAUGAAAUAAGUGAAACCGUA